AUGAGAAAUUGCCACAUAAGGCACUUUUAUUGGUCCUUAUGGAGGCGUGGGUACGGCAACCAAGAAACACAUAACUUGCUAGUGUUUUGGCCAAUUUGUGGAAGUCGGAGUUACUGUUCACGUCGGGGUCACUGUUCACAGGUUACUGUUCACACCCCGAGGGCCAACAUUUAACGGGAAUUUAAGUGAUUAGUUUGUGAUAUAAGAAUGAAUUUGGAGAUGUCCGAUCAUGUGGAAAGUGAUAGAAAUAGCACUGUGAUUAGGAAUGAUCCUAAUGAUGAUUUCAGCUUGAAUUUGUGAUAGUCCGAUAUUAAUUCUGAGGUGUUUUGAUUAGGUUCCCGAUCGUUCUGUCAGUUAGUGCGUGAAUUGAGUGCUCGGUUUUAUGCAAGUGAGGUAAGUAAUUUAUGGUAAUGCCCGUACUGUUUUAAAAGCAUGUUUUGAUUUGUUUUUAAAGUGGUGGCGGGACUAAACCCGUUUUACGCAAGUAUGACUGAUUUGAAGUGAAAUGUUUUAUGCUUUUCACUAAAUUGAGCAUGCCUACUUGAAAUUUAAGUGAUUGUCCUGAUGAUUUGAAAGUGAUUGUGAAUUGUGAUUUUCCUGUUAACUUCUGCCUAUUUUGUCUCCGAUGUGGUCAUGUUUCUGUAAUCCUGCUAGUGGAAGUUAAACGCUAGCACAUGUCGACAUGUAGUGAUAGAGCCGGUUCGUUCAACCCAGCUAGUGGGGGUUAUACACCAGCAAAUCGUGGCCCUACUAGUGGGGAUUAUACACUAGUAUUCCUGUUUGCUUGCCAGUGGGAACUGGCCGUGACCUAUAGAGGAGACGUCUAUUUCGUGCCCGUACUGUAUCUGUUUUCGUGAUUGCACUUGUUGGCAUGCUAUAAGUUUAAAUAAGGGGCACUCCAUAUUUACUUACUGAGUUUAUCUCAUAGUUUUUCCUUGUCCACCAUUUCAGGAAGUGAAACCGAGGACGGGGAAACCACGGGAAGUGACGAGUUAGAAGGCUAGCCACCUUGUGAACUUGAUAUAGAUUUUAGAUAGAAAUCAUGAUCUUGUAUUUGGAGAUUUUAUGAUAUCAGAGAGAUUUUAUAAUUUGAUCUGCAGAUUUUGAUGGUAUCAGAGUGUGAUAUGAUAAGUUCCGAGCCUUGUGCAUUUGUGGGACCCGUCUCACGAGUGCACGGCGUCUGUUGCGCCUCGGAUUUGGGUUAUGGGGCGUGACAUAGCAC